AUGUAAUUGGUAUUCUCAUAAAUAGAAAUGGCUAUGAUUGGUAAAUAAUUACAAAAAAGAUAUGGAAUUAGAUAAUUAUUAAACUAUACUAUAUAUUGUUAUAACAAUCUUCAAUAAUAUUAUGUAUUCAAACAUAUCCAUUUAUUACUCAUAGAACUUGAAUAUUAAGGAAUAAUUAUCACACUAUUUCAAGGACUUUAUAUUAGAGAAAACAAAAUCAUUGCUUUGAUAUCUGUUAUUAUGAAAACUUCUUUAACAAUUUUUUUUAAAUUGUAAACCACUAUCUUUAUUUUCAAAUAGUAUUGUAUUUCGAAGGAUUUAAAGAGGAAAUUCCAAAAAUAAAUAACUAAACUAUUUAUUGAUGAUAUCUUUAUACUCUUAACAAUGAUAAAAAGAAAAUGUACUCUAAACUUGUUUUGA